CCUUGGGAAGAUCUGGGAGGCUUUGCCCGUGCACCCCUGCUUGGGCUUUUGUCUCUUUUCCUUCAGGAGACAACAAGAGCUGUGGAGAAGAGAGGAGGAAAAUGGCGAUUGGGAGCCGCCUACCGGCUUGUCUUUUCUUUUUCCCCGUCUUUGUGUGGCCUGUUGUAUUCUGCCCUUGCUCCCUAUGGUGCUUCGGUGUUUCCUCAUGCUCUGCCUUAUUAACUUUUCCUGAGAAAGUUACCUCUAACCCUUAUUACUUUCCUCCGAUUACCACUCCUAUUGUCUUGCAUGUUGUUACUCGUUCAUUGUAAUGGAGACUUCAGGGUUAUUUCCUAUUUUUGGCCCCUUGGCACCCGUUUAUCAGUUUUGUUUGAUUCUCCCAUUUUACAUCAUUGCUGUGCUUGUUUUUUGCUUUGUCUUGUUCCAGCUCCCCUCUGUCUCUGCCCUGCAGCAUGGUUUCUGUGCUUUCCCAUACCGUGUUUCGCUUUCAGUGCUGCAGCUUCCAGUGUUGUGCUCCAAGCUUUUAUGACAGAACUUGCAUUGCUUGAAAACUGCAUUAAGCCAUUGUCAUUGUUCACUGAUUCUUUUCCUUUGUAUGUGACUUAUUUCACCACCAGCUUGUUUAAAAAUGCUGUUAUUCAUUAUCCUUUACUGAGAUGUUUCUCUAAUCUUUUUAUUAGCCUUCCUUAGCUUUAGUUUAUUAUACAGUUUUUCUCUGUGAUGCUUACUUGUAUUCUGAAAGAACAGAUAAGCUAUUUGUCACAGCAAGCUUCUAGUAGCAGGCAAAAUGUUCAACUACUUUAUCUAACCAUAUGUUUGCAUAGUGGAGAGAGAAGAUAUAGAAGCACACAUAGCAUGCUUUCAAGGAAAGUUGAAUAAUGCCUAAAUCAAAGGAACUUGUGUCUUCAAGCUCAUCUGCAAGUGAUUCAGAUAGUGAAAUUGACAAAAAGGCAAAGCGGAAAAAGCAAGCUGUUCCAGAAAAGCCUCUAAAGAAACAAAAGAUGGGUGAAAGUUCAAAAGGUGCUGCUUCUAAGCAAAGCAGUAACAGAGAUGAGAAUAUGUUUCAGAUUGGCAAAAUGAGAUAUGUCAGUGUUCGUGACUUUAAAGGGAAAGUUUUAAUUGAUAUUAGAGAAUAUUGGAUGGAUCAAGAAGGUGAAAUGAAGCCUGGCAGGAAAGGUAUUUCUUUAAAUCCAGAGCAGUGGAACCAGCUGAAGGAACAGAUUUCUGAUAUUGAUGAUGCAGUAAGAAAACUGUAAAGACAGCCAUACAAAAUUCUGUCAUUUUAGUUAUUUUAAGUGGUCUAAGUUAUUGUAUAUUUUUAUUGCAAAGCAGUUUGUAAGAUAAAUUUUUUUUAGAGCAUUGAAAGUGUAUUCUAAGUGAGGCUACUUGUGUAUACUUCACUAAAAGGAGACGUUGCUUAUACCUUAUGGUGUAAAACAAAUACAGUAAUAUGUAAAGCAUAGCUUUUUAUGGCCUUUUGAUUAAAGAUAUUUGCUGAUAAGGCCACCUAAUAGCUUCAGGCUUUGUUUCAUUUUAGUUAAUAGUUUGCUUGCUAAGGUGAUUCUUAAUGUCUUAAUUUAUUUUUUUCUUUUGUUUUAAUAUCCUUUAGUAUUGCUCUCAGCUUUAUGCUUUAAAACUUAAUAUAAACAGUGAAUACUUGAUAAAACCUAUUUCUGUAGAUAACUUUAAAUACUGUAUUGGCAAACUUACCUUAUGUAUUCAGAUGAAACAGUCCUGAGUGUUUAGACUUGUUUGCAUUUUUGCAUGAAGUGUUAUGCUAAGCAAUAACACUUGAACACCAUCUGCACAUUCUGUCCCCAUAACUUGCUUGAGUUAGAAAGUACAGUUAGCCUUUAUUCAUGGA